GUUUUCUAAAAAGAUAUUUAGAGAAAUAGGCUAAUAAUGAUGAGUAAAUAAGCAUUUUCCUGUCGCUUGCACAGUCAAAGCCACAAAGAUUCAUUGUUGUUAUGGUUCUAAUUUACAGUAAAGGUGUACAUGCUUCUUUAAUGGAGCCGAAACAAGAUUAGCGUUUGAACUUGGACCCUGCUCCUGCAGACAAAUGGUUCUUGUCACAUCCUGUUCGCACAGAAAGCGCUCUUAUGACCAAACACAAGCGCAGAGUCACACAGACACUGGAGGAGAGAAGACAGCCACAUCGCUUUGUUCCUGGUCUGCUUAGCGUCUCCGGCUGGGAGGCGAGCUGCUUUCUGUGUUUUCCUUUACUCUUCGGCAUAUUUCAGUGCCUUUUCUGCCUCGGCUUCUUGACAUUCUUAUAUAAGGCAGUGUGCAGAUAGAAAAAAAAAUGGUUCCUGUUAAACUCCUCGUUCUGGGAGCUCAGAACACUGGAAAAACAGCGCUGUGUGUUCGUUUUAUGACGAAGCGCUUUAUAGGCGAAUACGACCAUAAAAAGGAGGUCACAUACAGAUGUAGUCGCAUGGUGGACCAGGAAACGGUUGAUCUGGAGAUCUUGGAUUUACCUUGGAAGAGCUCUGUGGCGUGUAUUGAGUCCUCCAUUCGCUGGGCCGAUGCUUUCCUACUGCUCUACUCCAUCACUCAGCGCUCCAGCUUCCAGGAGAUCCCCCGGCUUAAGACGCUCAUCGACAAAACCAAACAAAGUAUCGUUGUUCCUACAGUGCUGGUCGCCAAUAAGGCAGAUCUGGAAAUCGGCCGGAAGGUGACAAACGAGGAGGGACAGAGGCUCGCCAAAGAUUUAGGAUGCGGUUUCAGAGAACUGUCUGUGGCUGAAGCGGCUUUAUCAGUGGAAGCAGCAGUUUUCCAGCUCAUCAGGCUGGUGUUGGAUCAGCAGCGCCCCCUGCCGGACAGGCGCUCCUACAUGCUGACAGUCCGCCAUGCUCUGACCAGGAAGCUGACGCGCUCAAAGACCAUGCAGUGGUGACAGCUGCAAAAAUUUUAUCUGGACUUUGUAAUACAGAAAUGCCAGGAACAAAAAAAUAUCUGUAAGAUAGUUUAAUAAAGAAAUAACAGAAUUAUCAAUGCAAAAUGUGUGCUGUAGGGUAAUAAGAAACAUCUAUGCAUGCUUCUUCUG